UGGUGGUGGUGUCGGCGGAGGCAGAUUUGUAAAAUGUAUUGCUUCUAAUUUAUGAAUACAAUACACAUGAGUUGAGCCGUUGAGGUAUCACCAAGUAUAUUUGUAAUAAUAUGGAUACAAUUAGAAUAUUACAAUGGCGUAAUAAAAACAUAAACAUAGUUUAUAAAUAUAACAAAUCGUUAUCAGACGCAGCACGCACACAUUCUCAUUUCCCAGAAACGACUUGUGUUGGUAGCCCGCUCAAAUGCACAAUAAUUGCACAAUAAUAAUUAUUAUUAUAUAAUUAUAUUAUUGUUAUUGCAACAACCAGCUGCAGCGGGCAGCGACCUAGAGGCUAGAACCUAUUAUUAUUCAUUUUUAAAUUGUAUUUGGUAUUUAAUUACGUUUAAAGUUGUUAGUUUGUCAUUAAUUGUCGACAAUUUUUAAAUUUUUAAAAUGAAUUCUCAGUGUCCCAAUUGUGGUAGAACACGUGAUUCACUGAACAGCACUAAUUGGACUCGACAUAAGGAAUCUUGUAAAAAAAAGAAAAUUCCUGUGAAAAGAAAAAUUAUUGCUUCUAGUUCUAUUUCGGACUAUUUUAAAUGUAACGAACGUGCAGAAAAAUUUCAAAAAUUUGAACAAUCACAAAAUGUGAUUUAUGAAAAUAAAGUAAUUGAUGAUUUGGAAAUACCUAUACUUGGUCGGUCUGGUACAUCAGAUGAGGCAGAUGAACAAUGUCCUCUACCAGCUGUUAACGAUUUGAUGAAUAACAUUGACUUUAACAAUGAUCCCGCUAUGAUGAACUCCAACGUAUCAAAUGAACUUUUUGUUCAUUUUGCAUCUCUAGAACCUUGCCAACCUUCCAAAUCACAAUUAAGUGGUUGUACAUUUCCUACAAGACAGCAAGGUGAUCGUUUAAGAUCAUUUCAUGAAAAAUAUUAUUUUAAAGAAAUUUCACCUGGACAUUUUGUGAAACGUAGCUGGCUUUCAUAUUCACCUUCUACUGACCGCAUAUUUUGUAUAGUUUGUAAAUUAUUUGGACUACCAAAGGGAAAAUAUGAUCAAUUUUCAAAACUUGGAACAAAUGACUGGAGGCAUAUUUCAUAUAAAAUCAAAGCACAUGAAGCUGCACCUGAGCACUUACAGUCUGAAAUACGCCGAGUUAUGUUUAAAAGUCAAUUAAGAGUUGAUGUGCAGCUAUUAUCCGCAUCAAAUACGCAGGUGGCAGAAAAUAGAGAAAUUGUUAAAAUCAUUUGUGAAGCUUUAUUGUACCUAGCUCGCCAAACUAAUGCAUUUCGAGGUCAUGAUGAACACUGGAGUUCAUCUAAUCCAGGUAACUUUCUAGAACUUGUCAAACUUUUAGCUAAAUAUAAUCCUUUGCUGUCUGCUCAUUUAUCCAAGAUUCAGAGUGCCAAAAAAAAACAGAUUAACUUUUUUGUCAAAUGUUAGUCAAAAUAAUAUGUUAAGUGUCAUGG